CUCAGGCUCCCACCCAUCCCUCAGACGGCGUCCCCGCCUCUCUCCCGAACCAGAAGGCGCGGGCGGCACCGCCCCCGCCGCGCUGCGCAGGCGCGCCCGGCCGCAGGUUCGAGCCCGCGGGCGGCGGCGCGGAGAUGCCGAUGGAGCCGGCAGUGGCGCAGCCGGCCCCGGGGGGAAUCCCGCAGCCGGCCGCAGACAGCGAGCCCGAGGUGUUUGAGACUGUGCUGCCAAUCACUGUCCUGGUGCUGAGCGAUGAGGAUUUUUUCCAGGACGAUGAUAAGGAUCAGGAAGUGUCCGUUCCCGAGGUGGAGCAGGAGUUGAAAUUAAACAACAGCCUUUGCCUAAAAAAUGAAGUGGAACCUUCAAACGACAGCAGCAGUGUAGGCAAUUGGGAUGCAAACAAGACUGUUUCAAAUGAAGAUAACUGUAUUAAGUACUCUGAGGAGAAAUGGUUUGCUGAGAGUGUGUGUAACACAUCAAAAUUAUCUUUAAGUGAUGGGUGUGAUGCAGACACGGAUAAAUAUGGUCAAAAUUGCAUGUUACCUACAUCGUCUUGCAAAACAGAGCUUCCAGAGAUAGUGAAAUACAGUGAUGGAGAAGAUUGCGGUGAUAAUGAUGGCUUUCAGAAGAUUCCUCCUCUCCUCUCCUCUGCUGACAGCGACAGAGCUGACACUUUGGAGACACUGGUGGUGGUACCCAAACAUGAAGAAGAACCUGUCAGUAUUGCAAGUGUUGUUUUUGAUAGCAGUCCACACAAACAACCAGAAAUCCACAAGGAAUUUGAGAUAAUUGUUAAAAUGGAAGAUCCUGAUUCCUCAAAGAAUGGAGAUAAUGAAAUUGAUUACAGGAAAAUAAGCAAAUUUGAAGAUGAAACUCUGAGUUCUCUUUUGGAACAUGGCUUGAAAGAAGAAGAGAAAUUUACCUAUAAUGGUUCUGAUCCAUAUCUUAAUGGAUGUUCUCCUACUUUAAAUGAACAUAUAGAAGAUCUAGGGAAACCUGACAUGAAUGCUUCUACUUCUGCUGAAUCAAAUACUACUGGAGAGCAUAUUUACAAGAUGUUAACACCAUUCUCUAAGAAAAGAUACCAGCAACAAGAAGCUGUUUCUUCUCAUGCAAGCCCAAAAGAGUUCCAGAGCCAUCAAGAAGGUUUAACAUUGAGGAAUGAUAGCGUGACCAUCACACCUCUUCCUAAAAGAUCUUGUUUGACAAAGGAGAAUGAAAGAUUGAGUUUCAAGUGCAGAUUUUGUAGUUCUGUGUUUAAAUACAGCGCGCACCUAAAGAAACAUACUUAUUCAGCUCAUAAAGAUAAGAAAAUACAUAAAUGCUGCUUUUGUAAAAAAACUUUUUUCUUUUCUUUCAAUCUUAAGAAUCACCUUAAAUUUCAUAAGAAGAUUGCUAGGUUGCAAAAGGCAAGAAAAAAUAGAAUAAGUGCAAGAAAAGGGAGGCAGAAAGGAUCUGAAGGAGAAUCUGAGACCAAGAAAAAAGAAAGUAAAUACAAGAAAUUUUUCAUUAAAAUUGAAAGGGACUUUACACCUCUGGAUGUGCCAGUUAGCUUUUCCUGCAGAAUUUGUUUCUUUGUUUCAUCCAGUCCUAGGAGUUUUAUUCAUCACAUGAAGGGACACAAGGAGAGACCACCUUACCAGUGCCCUCAGUGUGAUUACUCCUGCAGCAGCUUCUCCUACCUGUUAAAUCACAUGUACUGGCAUGCUGGCUAUAAGCUCUACCAGUGCAGGUUCUGCACCUUUUUUUCACUGUAUUUUGCAAGCAUGGUGAGGCACAGCCACAUCCACACAGGGGAUACACCAUAUUGCUGUGAGCUCUGCCAGGUGGCAUUCACCAGCACCUCAGGCUUGGAGAGACACAGGAGGACACAUUCAAGGACGGAAAGGUGCCAAGCACAGCAACCUGACUGCCUGAGUAGGAGAAAGAGAACUGAAAUUCCUCCAAAGACCUACCCAUGUAAUGAAUGUAACCUGGUGUUCUACACUAAAGGACAUCUCAGCUUUCACAAGAAAUUUCAUGAACAGUUUAAGGCUAAUGGUUACACGAAUCAGAGCAAGAAAUACUGUAAAAGCAAAACAAGCAAAGCUGAUGGUGGUUCUCAGGGCCAUGUUUCUCACUCUCUUUUUGAUACAGAAAAUGAUUGUCUGGGUGGGGGAAUCCUGGCUUCAGAAGUGGAGUUUGAGCAAGCAGAUGAUGUGUGGGACAAUAAGAAAAUAUACUUUGGAAAGAAAUUCCUUGAAAACAGCCAAGGAAGCAACAGCCUGGCUACUACUGGAAGUAAAUCAGAAGUUCCUCAGACCUCUUACCGAAUGGACGCUGUCACUUACAAAGAAGAGCCUUUCUUCAAAUCAGAGACCUCUCAUUCACAAGUGCAAGAUGAUGCUUCAUUUCAUAACUUUGUGGAAAACUUGGAGGAUACAGAUCCUUCUAAUUUAAAUACAUUCCAAACAUACAGAUGCCAGCACUGCAGUUACACUACUGCUGUUCCUAACAACUUCAGGUUGCACCUGAAGAUACAUACGGAUGAAAGACCAUUCGUUUGUAAAGAGUGCAAUGAGACGUUUAAAACAUCAAACCAUUUGCAGAAACACAGCCUUCUUCAUGUGAAAAAUGGACAGGAGUUUGGAAGUUGCCUCUUUGUAGAGAGGUGUUUAGAGAAUCUUGAACUGCAUCGUGAAAUCCAGAGAGGCACAUAUCCAGAAAGGGAUUUUGAUUCCUGCAAAGGCUUAAACAGCUCCUUGCUUGGUUCAGAGGUUUGGGGAGUUCAGCAGGGUGUUCAGAGGGGCACAGCAAAUGACGUGCGAGCACGAAAUCAGCCACUAUUAUAUCAGUGUGCAGAGUGCAACUACGCUACUGGCAUUUUAAGCAACCUGGAGCUCCACGUCAGAACUCACACAGGUGAGAAGCCCUACAGCUGUCCCAUUUGUCAGAAGAAGUUCCGUACUUCCAGUCACCUCAAAAGGCACAGACUCACACAUUUGAACUUGGGGCAUUUCAAGUGCAUGAGCUGUGACUACUCAACCAACAAAUGGCUGUCCUUGAAGCGGCACCUGGCUUCGCACACCGGGGAGGGAAGCUCCUCUCCUGGCUGCCUCUACGAGCACCAGGAGCUGCCUGUCAAGACAUACAGGUGUGAGGAGUGUGGCUAUUGCACAGCCCACAAUGGGAACCUGAAGCUCCACAUGAGGAUCCACACGGGGGAGAAGCCGUUCCAGUGCGGGCAGUGCUCCCUGGCUUUCCGCACCUCCAGCCACCUCAAGCGCCACUUCCUGACCCACCUCAAGCUGCACUGCAGGAGGUGCAGGUAUUCCACGGUGGAUAAACACGCUUUCCAAAAGCACAUAAAAACACACAAAAAGAAGUACAGGUGUGCAAAGUGUAAUGUAGUGCUGCCCACCAAAAAACUGAUGGAGAAGCAUAAGCAGCAGCACAAGGUUGGGAUAUCAGGUUGAGAAUUGGAAGUUGGUGCUUGGUUUUGGACAGGUUUGCAUGUCCUGAAUUUCUUCAUGGCUUUAUGUUCCUUUGCUGUGCCCAGAACAGUGGUUGGUAAUGGAUGCAUCCAGCAUUUUGGUCAAGAGAGUGAAACCUGGGGUACUGGUUUGCUGCAGGUGUUUGUGGGAACAUCAAUUCUAGCACAGGCUGUGCUGAAGAUCUUGGAGACACUUUUUCAUCCCUGAGUAACUGCUUCAGUAGAGGUCAGUUAUUUUGGCCAGUGCUCAUCUGUGUUUAAGGAGUUAUUCUGCACCACUUAUUUUCUUGUAAAAAUUUAAUAAGAAAAACUAUUUUCUAACUGAAAGAAUGUGUAACGGGAGGGAAGGAAAAGCAUGUUAUAUUUUGUAGUAAUAACUUUUCAUGUAAAAAUUAUCAGUGUAUCUGGAGGCUAAAUGCUACCUCCCAUCUGCUGAAAGUUGCCUCCUUUACUCCCAGGUGCUUAUGCAAUACUUGUAAGAGGAAAAAAAUAGUAUCUCUCCAAAUUACAAAAACAAAAUAUGCAUGUCAUCAUUGGGUAAAAAUGACAGUAAAAUGUUUUACAUGUAUCUGUAUGUAUAAGAUGUUUAUUAAGCUGUUACCUUGUCUGUAAUUUUGAUAAUUUUUUGAGUAAUCUGACAGAAAUGGCAGUGUCCAGAAACAUCUAUUUUAUGAUACUGGGAAUCUUUAAAUCUUCAAUUUUAUGUGAAUGUCCAGUGUAAAUCUAGUAUGAAAUGCCUUACCUUUUCUCAGGUUGGUAGUUACUGUCUUGGUUGUUAUUGUUAAAUUAUAUGCUUUUCAAAUAACUUCAAUUAGCAGUUGCUGAUAAUUGUGAAUACUGAUUAGUUUCAUUUAAAACCUUAGCAAUAUCUGGAACUAAAAUUAUUUUAAGAACUUUACUCUUAGUCUAAAAUACAGUGUAUAAGAGCUAGUACACUACGCAGCAGUUGGUCCAGUGUAUGGUUAACCCAGAUAGAUGCUGCUUCCAAUUUAUAUUCAAAUCUAGACAAAUCUUUGUUUGUUUUGGAGUUAUGCAGUGCUAGGAACUCUUGAGUGUGGUAAGUGGUUUUAUUAACAGUGUGUCAUCCCCUUGUGUGAGGAAAUAAAGCAGCAAAGGCCUGGUGCAAACUGUCCCAAUGCUACAGCUCAGUCCAUGGAGCAGCAGAACAAACCUGUGGUUUAAUUUAGAGUGAAUGUAAGUAUGGGAUUCAGUGCUUUUUUUUUUUUUUUUUUCCUGCUUCUGGAUGUGUGUCUAAAUACAGAUAAUGUCUUGUAGAGGCUUUCUGGUAUCAUAGGAGACAGGUUGGGAAGGGCUGCCCAGAGAUGCAGUGGAGUUCCCUUCUUUUCAGGUAUUGAAAAGCCAUCUGGAUGUAGUCCUGGACAGCCAGCUCUGGGUGUCUGGGAUUACAGAAUCCUGUAGUAGAAUGUGUGUAUAUUUCCAUGCAUGUCUAUACAUACAUUGAUAAACUUAUGAAUUGGCAUAAAAGCUCCAACUUCACAACUUGUAAAGGUUGUAAAGUUGGUGGUGUUACUGCAUCAUGGGGAUCGUUCCCCUUCAAAGGACAUGUGUGCCCUUGAGAACUCUAAAUCCCUUUUUAUUCUUCUUUACUAGUUUACAUAUGCAUAGAAUUUCAACAAAGGUUUAUGUAUAUUCAUUCUACUGAUUUUUGCAUUACUCUUGCAGUUAGUUACCCUUGCAGCUAUUUUUUAAAAUCAGAAAGUACAGAAAGAACUCUUGGGUCAAUCUGCCUUGUCUGUUUCAAAGUUUGAGGAGCCUCUCAUCUCUUCAGCUUGGAAAUUCACAUUCUUUCUCCUCAGCUGAGGCAGUUUUUACUAGUGCUGCAGAGCUGCCAGACUAAACAGCAUAUUUUAAUUAUGCUAGCAAGGCUACUAAUAAUUUAAAGCUGCACAUUUUACCUAAAUCCAAAUGGAUUUCUAGCCUGUUAAAUUUUUUCUCUGUUUCACUUAUAUACUCUGAAUUGCAAAUAUCUGUCAAGCAUACUAAAUAUUGUAAAUGAGAACAGCUACAGCAUUCUUUCCAAAUACAUGAAUAAUCCUUGCAGGAUAGUAUAUAUGAAUCUUGCCUGUAUGUUUAGACUUUCCUUUUAGAUUAAUUUCCUGAACAGCGCAUCUUCUAGGGUCUUCCAGAACCCCUGCAGCCAUUCUGCAAUUUGGAAGGCAAUUUUUCAAUAAUGGACUGAAACUCAUGGACAGAUGAAUGUAUUUAAGGCCAGAUCAGCAAAGAUGUUCAAGUGAUCCAGUUCUUUGCACUUUCAGUAAAGUCAGACAAGUAUCUGUGCCUGAACCAUGGUGGUUACAGAUAAGUGAUUUAAACCUUGGAGCUACCUUAUCCAGUUGUGAGAAAGAAGAAUGUUAUCCUGUAUUAAGAAAGAAAAGCAUUUCUGGGAUAUCUUAAUGAUUACUCAAAUUUGGAGGUGGUUUUACCUGCGUUACAUUACAAUUCUGAUAAUUUAUUUGAAAAGGGCAGGUACAAAGAGAAAACAAAAAUACUGAAAGAAUUGUAAACCUGUAUAUCAGAUGAGACUAGAAGGGCUAAAUCUGAUUGAGCACUGUCAUUUAAAAGCAUAGUGUACAAUGAUGAUGAGAAGAGCCUGGUUUGGGGGAUAAAUUAACUGCAGUAAAUUUUUGAAAGAGUUUGUAAAUCUGAGUUACUUCAAGAUUUAAGUAAUAACAAUAAGGUAUUUUUAGUUAGAGAUUGAUUUUAUAAAAGUAAUUAUUCCUAGUCACUGCCUCUAAUAAAAAUAAGCAAUUCAAUGA